UUCGGACGGAGGGGAGGGACGGCGCGCGGACGGCGCGAGCGCGGGGGUCUCUCUCUGCUUCGUCCGCCUCCUCCGGCGACUGCGGUCUUCGUGCUGUACUUAAAAUCACAGUUCCUUCGUGAAGGCGUCGUGCUGUUGAUGUGUUGCGACAUGGAUUCAUUGAGGACCCCUAAGGUGUUUUAACUCACCGAACAAGAUGCAUCCUCACCCUCUUUCCCCCUUGGCUGUGUGGGCAGAUGAGAUCCUUCGAUAAAAUACCUUUCCAGGAGUUGAGUCACUGAGGUGUUGUAUUUUGUUUUGUUUCAGCAGGCCUGUCCCUGGACACGCUAGAAGUCCCCCAGUGCUAUGACUUUUGGUAUAAGGGACAGUGAUACUGGGUGCCUGUGCCAGUGGCAGGGAUGGCCGAGAAGUGGCUGUGGAGGCUGCUGCCAUGGAGAGGGGGUUGGAUCCCUCGCAGGAAAGAUGCAGGGCAUGAGGAGGAACGCCAUGUGAAAGCAAACAACCGUGAAUACAAUGACAGGUUUCUGUACGCGGACAAUCACAUCAAAACCUCAAAGUACAACAUCUUCACCUUCCUGCCCAUUAACCUCUUUGAACAGUUCCAGCGGGUGGCCAAUGCUUACUUCUUAUUUCUGCUCAUUUUGCAGCUCAUCCCUCAGGUGUCGUCUCUCUCCUGGUUCACUACCAUUGUGCCUCUGGCCCUUGUGCUGACCAUCACGGCUGUGAAGGAUGCUACUGAUGACUACUUCCGCCAUAAAAGCGACCAGCAGGUCAACUCCCGCCAGUCUCAGGUGCUCCUCAGCGGCAGGCUCCAGAGCGAGCAGUGGAUGAACGUUCGCGUGGGAGACAUCAUCAAGCUGGAGAACAAUCAGUUUGUUGCGGCUGACCUUCUGCUGCUUUCCAGCAGCGAGCCUUACGGACUGAGCUACGUGGAGACGGCAGAACUUGAUGGGGAAACCAACCUGAAGGUUCGCCAGGCUUUAACUGUGACAUCGGAGCUGGGAGCCGACAUUCACAAGUUGGCUGAGUUUGACGGUGAGGUGGUCUGUGAGCCGCCCAACAACAAACUGGACCGUUUCACUGGCACUCUGCUGUGGAAGGAUGGCAAGUUCCCUCUGGACAAUGGAAAACUGCUGCUGAGAGGCUGCGUGCUGCGCAACACAGAGUGGUGCUUUGGCAUGGUCAUCUUCGCAGGUCUUGAGACAAAGCUAAUGCAGAACUGUGGGAGAACAACAUUCAAAAGAACAAGCAUCGACAGGCUGAUGAACACCUUGGUCCUCUGGAUCUUUGGCUUCCUGAUGUGCAUGGGCAUUAUUCUGGCGAUCGGCAACUCCGUCUGGGAAAAAAGCGUGGGUGGAAACUUUCGGAAACUAUACCUGCCGUGGGAUGAGGUUCUGAGUGACGCCUUCUUCUCUGGAUUCCUGACCUUCUGGUCAUACAUAAUUAUCCUCAACACGGUCGUCCCCAUCUCACUUUAUGUCAGCGUGGAAGUGAUCCGGUUGGGCCACAGCUACUUCAUCAACUGGGACCGGAGGAUGUACCAAGCUCAGAGAGACACGCCAGCAGAGGCCCGCACCACCACGCUUAAUGAAGAGCUGGGCCAGGUGGAGUACAUCUUCUCCGACAAGACCGGCACCCUCACACAGAACAUCAUGGUCUUCAGCAAGUGCUCCAUCAAUGGAAAGAUCUACGGUGAGGUUUAUGAUGAGUUUGGCCAUAAACUGGAAAUCACUGAGAAAACCCCAUGUGUGGAUUUCUCAUUCAACCCACUGAGAGACAGAAGGUUCCGUUUCCAUGACCACAGUCUGUUGGAGGCCAUGAAGCUGGACGAGACGGCGGUACGGGAGUUCUUUCGGCUGCUGGCGCUCUGCCACACUGUCAUGCCUGAGGAGAAGAUGGAAGGGGAGCUUGUGUACCAAGCGCAGUCCCCGGAUGAGGGAGCACUGGUGACAGCUGCGCGGAACUUCGGCUUUGUGUUCCGAGCCCGAACCCCAGAGACCAUCACGGUGUAUGAGCUGGGAAAGGCUGUCACCUACCAGCUCCUCGCCAUCUUGGACUUCAAUAAUGUGCGCAAGAGAAUGAGCGUCAUCGUGAGAAACCCUCAGGGCCGGGCCAGACUCUACUGCAAGGGUGCGGACACCAUCCUCUUUGACAGACUGGAGCCUGCCAGCGAGGAACUGCUCUGCACCACCUCAGAACACCUCAACGAGUUUGCCGGGGAAGGGCUGCGGACGCUGGCAUUGGCCUACAGGGACCUGGAUGAGGACUUCUUUCAGGGAUGGAUGCAGAGGCUCCGGGAAGCCUGUAGUUUAGUGGAAAAAAGGGAGGACCUCUUGGCUUCACUGUAUGAGGAGAUGGAGCGGGAGAUGACGCUGUUAGGGGCCACAGCUAUAGAGGACAAACUGGAGCAGGGAGUGGCCGAAACCAUCGCCUGUCUGACUCUGGCCAGUAUUAAGAUCUGGGUCCUGACGGGAGACAAGAUGGAGACGGCCAUCAACAUCGCCUACUCCUGCAACAUGCUGCGGGACGACAUGAACGAGGUGUUUGUCAUCUCGGGUCACAGCGUUCUGGAGGUGCAGCAGCAGCUGAAAAGUGCCAAGGAGCAAAUUCUUGGGUCAAACCGGGAGCCCUCAGUCAGCGACUGUGCAGAUACGGAAAAGUCAGACGCAAAGCUCGACUCUGUAUUUGAAGAAGCCAUCAGCGUGGAAUAUGCUUUGGUCAUAAAUGGGCACAGUUUGGCACAUGCCCUGGAAGCAGACUUGGAGGGGCUGCUCCUGGACACAGCCUGUCUGUGCAGAACAGUCAUCUGCUGUCGGGUCACGCCUCUCCAGAAGGCCCAGGUGGUGGAACUGGUGAAGAGGCGCAGGAGAGCCGUCACAUUGGCCAUCGGAGAUGGUGCCAAUGACGUCAGCAUGAUUAAGACGGCGCACAUUGGUGUGGGCAUUAGCGGGCAGGAGGGCAUGCAGGCAGUGCUGGCCUCAGACUACUCCUUCGCUCAGUUCCGCCACCUGCAGCGCCUCCUACUGGUGCACGGCCGCUGGUCCUACUUCCGCAUGUGCAACUUCCUGUGCUACUUCUUUUACAAGAACUUUGCCUUCACACUGGUCCACUUCUGGUUUGGCUUCUUUUGUGGCUUCUCUGCCCAGACAGUAUAUGACCAGUGGUUUAUUACCCUCUUCAAUAUAGUCUACACCUCUCUGCCUGUCCUCGCUAUGGGGCUCUUUGACCAGGACGUGAAUGAGAAGAACAGCAUUCGAUUCCCCAAGCUGUAUGAACCCGGGCAGUUGAACCUGUUGUUCAACAAGCGCCAGUUCUUCCUCUGCUCUCUCCAGGGGGCCUACACCUCCUUUACACUAUUUUUCAUUCCCUAUGGGGCACUCUACCAUGGCGUUAGGGAUGAUGGCGCCAAUGUCACCGACCAGCAGUCUUUUGCGGUCACCAUAGCUACAUCACUGGUGAUUGUAGCAAGUGUUCAGAUUGGACUCGACACAAACUACUGGACAGCCAUCAAUCACUUCUAUAUCUGGGGCAGCCUGGCUGUCUACUUCUCGAUACUGUUCGCUAUGCACAGCAAUGGCAUCUUUGGUAUAUUCCCCAGUCAGUUCCCUUUUAUUGGUACAGCCCGAAGCUCGCUGUCCCAGCCAGUCGUAUGGCUGGUGAUCCUGCUCACCACAGUGGUGUGUGUCGCGCCAGUGCUGGUCGUCCGCUUCUUGAGGGCAGACCUCUACCCCACGCAGACUGACAAGGUGCGCCGCUGGCAGCUGGCCAGCAGGAGGCAGCAUCCACACGAGCAGGGCUUGAGGCGCGUGCGCAGGACUAGCUCCCGCCGUUCCGCCUAUGCUUUUGCCCAUCAGGAGGGCUACGGAGAGCUGAUCACCUCAGGCAGGAACAUGAGAUUCACUGGCCCCGCCCCUGAAUCUGGACUUGGCUCCACCUCUGACCCAGGCCCACACACCUGGAAGAUGCACAGCAGCAGCAGCUGGAUAGAGAACCUCCUGAAGAAGAGAGGUUUGACAACAGGCAGCAGCCCCAAGUGUCGCCCUGACAACAGCACGGAGAGAUGGCACACCGAGGGCAUCCCGGGUGACCAGCACACAGACUGACAGAUGGCAAACACAGUAAAGUAAAAAAGGGCAGAAAGGCGCAGUGACAGUAAAGUAACAAAGUAGAAAGGCACAGAUGACACGGUAAAAUAAGGUAAAAAGGCACAGAUUACACAGUAAAGUAAUGAAAAGGGCAAAAACAACGCAGUGAAUGAAUACAGAGAAAAGGCACAGAAAACACAGUUAUAAGGGAGAAUGGCACAGACGAAGCAGUGCACAGAUAACGCGGUAAAGUAAUAAAGGGAAAAGGCACAAACAACACAGGUAUUACUGUAACAAAACUGGUAUUGUAAGCACAGUGAACCGACUAACUGAAUGCUCAUUGCACUGCACUGAUCCUUGACUGCCUCAUCCAAAGGCCACUAGUUGGUGUUGUUUUAGUUACUUUUCUUUUUAUUUUUUUUUUUAAUGACAGAAUUUUUUAGCUGUUUCAUUUAGUCUGUAGGGUACUUUGAGACCUGGUUUUUUUUUUCUGUUUUCACGCUGAUGGGUCAGUGAACUGUAAAUUAGGUGUGCAGACACAGCGCUCAGCAGAGCAGCUGAGACACUUGGAGAAGAACAGACACCUGGUGCCCACAGGGUGAGACAGUACAGAGUUGCAACAUUGCAGUCAGCACAACAGACCACAGCAUCACCCCCCACAUUGCAGGAGAUUGCAGCACCGACACAGCACAUACGGAACAAGCGCGUAGCAAGAGCAGUAUCGUCCCCUGCUGACCGUCCCUGGCAGUGACUGAAUGGUACAAACACAGAGAAACUACCGUCUGUCUCCGCCCGCACCAUUUGCCUCUCCUGCUUUACUACAGUGGUCGGUUUAAUGUUACAGAAGAUAUUACACACAUUCAUGUGCACAUGCAAAUAAUGAUUUAUGCUAAGGAACACGUCACAUACUGUCAGGCUAUGUUUAACUUUUUAAUCCCUACCAGUGAACCUUAUUGACAUGGAUUUUGGUUAUUUCCUCACACCUCACACAAUCAGUUCAAAUUUGUUGCCAUUUUCAUUGCAUACUGUAUGUGAUUGCACAUUCUCUGUAUAUUGUGACAUUGCAAAUUCAGUUAUUUUGAAAUAUGAAUAACAUCUCAGACGAUGUUACAGAUGCGAAAUGUGAACCGUUGUAUAAAUUAACAGCUCGCAAUAACAGCUGGCAUGUGGACCCAUUCUUUCCUCAAUGGAGGGAAAUGUGCCUUUUUUGUUUGUCUCCGAAUGGGAAAAGUGUAGAAAUAUUAGAGCAACGGCUUUCUGAAACAGGCCCCUGUCAGAGCCAGCAUGCCCGGCCUGCGUUGUACUACCGACCUCACCACACAGACGAAUGUCAAACAACUCCUUCUUGUGUCUUUAAUAAGGAUAGUGUCAUCCAAGGUUUUUGUCACACAGUAUGCUUGGUAUCUCCACAUAAUUCAUACCGUCCAUAUUUUUUAGGUACAGCCAGUAUAAUAUUUUCGCAUUCAUAGUCAAGCCUUAAGAAUGAAAUAAAAUCUUCUGGAGAUGAUCACAUGGUGGACUUUUACAUGUAACAUGUUGAAGCACAACAGCAAGUGUACAGUAUUUGCAAAGUGUGCGCUAUAAAUAUUGUUUCUUUGCGAACAGAUCAUUUAUUGUAUCUAUACAGUAUGCAUGCAUUUUUAAAUGGCAAAAUAUCAACAAUAUUUCUUUACUGGAGCAAAUAUCCUGUCUUUUCCCU